AUGUCCGUCGAUCACCUCAGCCAUCUGGUGACUGUUACCUACCAAGAUCGCAUUGCGAUCGUAACCAUCAACCGCCCAGAAAAGCUGAACGCCUUGGACUCCGACCUAUACUAUCUCCUGGGCGAGCGCUUACGAGAGGUCGACGAGCGCGAUGAUAUCUACAUCACCGUGCUCACAGGAACUGGCCGAUUCUUCUCCGCCGGCGCGGAUGUCACCAGCGCUCGGCCAGAAGGCGGUGCCCUCUCCACCGUCCGCCGCGAUCUCCUCCGCGGCUUCUUCGCUAACAACGUUGACAUCACCCGGAAAUUCUACAACCAUUCCAAGAUCCUAGUGGCCGCGCUCAAUGGCCCAGCCGUUGGCCUUUCUGCUGCGCUAGUGGCCCACGCAGACUUUAUCUACGCCGCUCCCCACGCCUUCAUCCUCACUCCCUUCGCCUCGCUCGGCCUCGUCGCGGAAGGCGGUGCCAGCCGUGCAUUCGUUGAGCGUCUGGGUAUCUCCAAGGCUAACGAAGCUUUGAUCAUGAGCAAGCGGAUUCCAAUUGAGGAUUUAGUGUCCACUGGCUUCGUGAACAAGGUCAUCACCGCGGACUCGAAAAAGCCGGAGGACUCGGCAGGCUUUUUGAAGAAUGUGUUGGUCGAAGUUGAGGACCGCCUUGGCACGCACUUGAACCAGUCGAGCUUGGUGAAGAUCAAGGAGCUUAUCAGGAGACCUGAGCGGGAGAUUCUGGAUCGCCAGAAUACGCUGGAGGCCUUUGUCGGUAUUGAGCGAUUUAUGACCGGUGGGCCGCAGGAGGAGUUCCGGAAGCUGGCUUCUGGAGAGAAGAAGCACAAGCUAUAG